UAAACCACAAAUUAAUCUCCUAGCUUUUUCUUUCUUUCGCUCAAUUAAACUAAUAGCCUAUAUUUGCUUCCACUAAUUUCUCAACUAAUUCCGUUUAUUAUGGCGCCGACUAUAGCAGUGCCUUCCACCCAAACAAAACCGUAUCACCGCCGUGAGAUCUCCGCCGUGCCGGAGAGCGAGGUGCUCAGAAGAAGAAACGAUGAAUUGGAGAAGGAAUUGAAGAAGAGUUUUGAGAGGGAAGAGAAAAUGAGAGAGGAAUUGCAGAAAACAUGGGAGAGGCUGAGGGUGGCGGAGGAGGCAGAGGAGCGGCUCUGUUCUCAGCUCGGAGAAUUUGAAGCGGAGGCUGUUGAUCAGGCUCGGGCUUACAGGACACGUGUUAUGAAUCUGAUGGAUCAACUCUCUUUGGCUCAGAAACUUCUCGAGUCGGCUUCUGUUGUCGUUCCCAAUUCCCGAUGAUUGUAGGGGAAAUUGGGUUUGCCAAUUUUUUUAAUUUUUUUUUGUAUAAUGAAAUGAGAUAUAGAAGUAUUUGGAAUUAUUGAUCCGACUAACUUAAGAUUUAUAUAUCGAGUAGGCCUAAGAAGGGUGAAACACUCGUUUUCCAUUUUUCGGAGUUGAGUUUCAA